CUGUCCAGCAGCUCCUGAAUACGGAUUGAACUCAUUAAGUCUGGGAGACAAGGACAGGAAGGAAAACAAACAUGGAUAAGAGAUGGAAUUCAUAUUUAACUUUUGUUAUGCCUUUUCUGAUGCAGAUACACAGUGCUUCGGCCACAGCAGGCUGUAGCAUAACGUCAAUAUCAUCCCCAUCCGCGCCAACCCUUCAAGUGGCGUGGGAUGCGUACCCCGGGGCCGGAGCCUCGUACCGGCUGAAACUCCGAGCGGUGAACUCCACCGACACGGCCCCGGUGAUGGUCGUCCCCACGGGCACACAGACACUGGUGCAGGGGUUAAGACCAGGGAGCUACUAUGACGUAACGCUGAAAGCCUUACAGUACAACAUGGAGCGAUGCAGAGUUACACAACGCGCUCUGACGGUGCCCGCCGCGACCCAGAUCACCACCUCAGAGGCCCUGGCCAGCACCUCCAUCAGGUUCCAGUGGUCCGCCGUGACGGGGGCGGACAGGUACUUCCUGAUUCUGGAGCUGUAUAUCCUGUCGCAAGGACUGGCCCCCACAAGAACGCAGGUGUACAACGGCAGCUUCGCCUCCGUUACGGGACAAGUCGACGGGUUGAAUGCUUCCACCAGAUACAACUGCUUCGUCAUCUCUUACAACAGCGCCGGCUCUGGGGCCCCAAGUCGCAGCAGGAUAGUCUCCACACCGUUCCAGCCGCCCACAGGUGUGAUUGUGACGUCCACGGGAAGGAGUACGGCCACUGUGGCCUGGGACGCCGUGGACAUGGUGCUGCGGUACCGGCUGACGGUCAGCGACGACGACGACGGCAGCGUGGCGCCCUUCUCCAGGGACACCGAUUCCACCUCCAUGGACAUCACUGAUCUGGGGCCCUGCUCCAACUACACCGUGGGCGUGGCGUCCGUCAACAAUUUCCGAAUUGCUGGGGAAGCUGCGAAUGUCUCGCACACUACAGCUACCAUUAAGAGGGUGUCGACGGUACAGACGGACUACAGCUGUGCGAAUGGCAUGGCAACCGUCACCUGGGGCUUGGUUUUCGGGGCCAACUCCUACAGGGCCACCGCCUCCGACCGCAACGGCACUGGUCUUAGCUGCAACUCUUCCUCAACAACCUGUCAAAUCUCCAACCUCAGGUGUGGGACGCAGUACGAGGUGCUGGUUACUGCCAUCUCGGAUGACUGCGAGAGCAUCUCCAACACCUCCGGUCUGUUUGAGACAGUUCCCUGUGCUCCCGUCGGGCGUAAAAUAUACCGGGAGUGUAACAGCAAUGCCAUCAUCUUCAGCUGGCAGCCCACCAACAACACUCUAUACUACGUUGCCACAUCCACGGACAGCUCCAACAAGCGGGUGUUUUGUAGGACCACAGAGACCUCCUGCUUCUUCACCAACAGUGACUGCGGUCAGCGCUACCACUUCACUGUGUACGCCAUCAGCACGUGUGACAGCGAAGUCAGCCCUCCCGAGUUUGUUGACACAUCUCCUUGUUUGCCAACCUCUGUGAGGACGACAUUGAACUGUGAGACUCAGCUGCUGAGCGCCACCUGGGACAGAGUGGCUGGUGCCCAGGACUACAUGGUGGAGGCUAUGGGCAACAACGGCGACCAGUACAACUGCAGCUCCUCCAACAACAGCUGUGCCCUGGCUUCCCUUCCGUGUGGGGAACACCUCAGUGUUUGGAUCACCGCCUCCAAUGAAGAAUGCUCCACCAACCGAGUGCUGGGGGAGGCUGCCGAGACGGUCCCCUGCUCCCCCACCAACGUGUCUGCUGUCGUGGGCUGUAGCCCGGACUCUGCUAGGGUCAACUGGACGGCGAGUGGAGGGGCCGUGUUCUACAUCGCCACCGCCAAACACGGAGACGGAUCCCAGCACAGCUGCACUUCAUACGGCACCAACUGCCUCAUUGAGCGGCUCACCUGUGGGCAGGAUUACAAUGUCAGCCUCACUGCAACUAAUUUCAAGUGCAACAGCUCAAUCAGUGCCGAGUUUGCCAUAACCACCGCACCGUGUCCUCCACAGUCCGUCCAGGCGACCAUAAAAUGUGAGGCCAACACUGCUCUCAUUAAGUGGCAGCACAGCCAGUCGACAGGCAACUUCAUGGCCUUGCUGGAGGACCAGAAAGGACAAGAGCACCGGCUCAACUGCACCAGCAACACGGUUAACAGCUGCCAGAUCUCUGCUCUGCCCUGUGGACGGAUGUACAACAUCACAGUUACCUAUGACGAUGAAAGGUGUCCCAUGACCUCCACGGCAAUCAGCAUGGCUUCUGUACUGUGUAGCCCCACCAACGUCACAGCCACACAGUCGUGUGGCCAGACGUCUGUCCCGGUCUCCUGGCUCGCCAGCCUGGGUGCUGUUAACUACACUGCCUUCGCCGUGAGCAGCACGGGCCAGAGGACAGAGUGCUCAGCCACAGGCACCUCCUGCAUCAUCCAGGGCUCCCUCCACUGCGGACAGGUGUAUACCAUCGCCGUUGUGGCUGUCAAUGACAACUGUACCAGCCAAGAGAGCCAGUCCAUUUCUUUGUACACAGCUCUGUGUUCACCAACCAACUUGAGUGGAGAGGUCACCUCUGGGUCCCACAUUCCAAUGGCGGUUCAGGUCACGUGGGAUAUGAGCCCAGUGUAUGGGGCCAUAUACACCUUACGUUCUGAGGUGGUAGAGGUCCCUGGAUCCAAUUCCACGUACAAUACCACUCACACCAAUUUCACCCUUGCUGGCCUGCAAUGUGGACAAAAGCACUCCAUACGUGUCAAAGCAGAGGACGGGAACUGUACUAGCGCGGAGAGCCCAGCCAUAGAAGUGGCCACAGCUCCCUGUAUGCCUGCCAACCUAACAGCCCGUGUGGACUGUGGGACGAGCAUGGGCAACUUCUCCUGGUCCGAGACCCAUGGGGUCGAUUUCUACACGGUGGAAGUGAUGGGCGACGACGGUCACAUGGACUCCUGCACCUCCACCCACACCUCCUGUGUUGUGAGACUCCACUGUGGUUGCUCGUACGCUGCUAGUCUGGUGGUGUCUGCAGGGGGAUCCAACAGUUCAAAGCAUGCAGCCAUUAACUUUGACUCUGGUCCCUGUAUGCCCAUGGCAGUGGUGACCAAUUCGGAUUGUAACUCCAGUAUUGGUUUGGUUAGUUGGACCGCCAGCAAUAUAAAUCAGACAUACCUUGCUGUGGCAACAGGACUUGAUGGCCACAACCACGAGUGUGUCACAAAUACCAGCUCCUGCACCUGGGACGACCUACACUGUGGUGAGGAGUACACUGUCCAAGUGAUGGCGAGGAAUGGAAACUGCACUAGUCUGCCAAGCAAUGGCCAUAUCAUUCAUAUGGGUCCCUGUAUGCUCCAAGCAGUGGUGACCAAUUCGGAAUGUAACUCCAGUAUUGGCUCAGUUAGUUGGACUGCCAGCAGCAUGAAUGAGACGUACAUCGCUGUGGCAACAGGACUUGAUGGCCACACACACAAGUGUUUCACAAAUACCAGCUCCUGCACCUGGGACGACCUACACUGUGGUGAGAAGUACACUGUCCAUGUGAUGGCGAGGAAUGGAAACCUCACCGGUCUGCCAAGCAAAGGCUCGCCCAUUCAUACAGGUCCCUGUAUGCCCCAGGCAGUGGUGACCAAUUCGGAAUGUAACUCCAGUAUUGGUUUGGUUAGUUGGACCGCCAGCAAUAUAAAUCAGACAUACCUUGCUGUGGCAACAGGACUUGAUGGCCACAACCACGAGUGUGUCACAAAUACCAGCUCCUGCACCUGGGACGACCUACACUGUGGUGAGGAGUACACUGUCCAAGUGAUGGCGAGGAAUGGAAACUGCACUAGUCUGCCAAGCAAUGGCCCCAACAUUCAUAUGGGUCCCUGUAUGCUCCAAGCAGUGGUGACAAAUUCGGAAUGUAACUCCAGUAUUGGCUCAGUUAGUUGGACUGCCAGCAGCAUGAAUGAGACAUACAUCGCUGUGGCAACAGGACUUGAUGGCCACACACACGAGUGUUUCACAAAUACCAGCUCCUGCACCUGGGACGACCUACACUGUGGUGAGAAGUACACUGUCCAUGUAAUGGUGAGGAAUGGAAACCUCACCGGUCUGCCAAGCAAUGGCUCGCCCAUUCAUACAGGUCCCUGUAUGCCCCAGGCAGUGGUGACCAAUUCGGAAUGUAACUCCAGUAUUGCCUCAGUUAGUUGGACUGCCAACAAUCUAAAUCAGACAUACAUUGCUGUGGCAACAGGACUUGAUGGCCACAACCACGAGUGUGUCACAAAUACCAGCUCCUGCACCUGGGACGACCUACACUGUGGUGAGAAGUACACUGUCCAUGUGAUGGCGAGGAAUGGAAACUGCACCGGUCUGCCAAGCAAUGGCUCGCCCAUUCAUACAGGUCCCUGUAUGCCCCAGGCAGUGGUGACCAAUUCGGAAUGUAACUCCAGUAUUGCCUCAGUUAGUUGGACUGCCAACAAUCUAAAUCAGACAUACAUUGCUGUGGCAACAGGACUUGAUGGCCACAACCACGAGUGUGUCACAAAUACCAGCUCCUGCACCUGGGACGACCUACACUGUGGUGAGAAGUACACUGUCCAUGUGAUGGCGAGGAAUGGAAACUGCACCGGUCUGCCAAGCAAUGGCUCGCCCAUUCAUACAGGUGCCUGUAGGCCCAUGGCAGUGGUGACCAAUUCGGAAUGCAACUCCAGUAUUGGUUUGGUUAGUUGGACCGCCAGCAAUAUAAAUCAGACAUACCUUGCUGUGGCAACAGGACUUGAUGGCCACAACCACGAGUGUGUCACAAAUACCAGCUCCUGCACCUGGGACGACCUACACUGUGGUGAGGAGUACACUGUCCAAGUGAUGGCGAGGAAUGGAAACUGCACUAGUCUGCCAAGCAAUGGCCCUAUCAUUCAUAUGGGUCCCUGUAUGCUCCAAGCAGUGGUGACCAAUUCGGAAUGUAACUCCAGUAUUGGCUCAGUUAGUUGGACUGCCAGCAGCAUGAAUGAGACGUACAUCGCUGUGGCAACAGGACUUGAUGGCCACACACACAAGUGUUUCACAAAUACCAGCUCCUGCACCUGGGACGACCUACACUGUGGUGAGAAGUACACUGUCCAUGUGAUGGCGAGGAAUGGAAACCUCACCGGUCAGCCAAGCAACGGCUCGCCCAUUCAUACAGGUCCCUGUAUGCCCCAGGCAGUGGUGACCAAUUCGGAAUGUAACUCCAGUAUUGGUUUGGUUAGUUGGACCGCCAGCAAUAUAAAUCAGACAUACCUUGCUGUGGCAACAGGACUUGAUGGCCACAACCACGAGUGUGUCACAAAUACCAGCUCCUGCACCUGGGACGACCUACAUUGUGGUGAGGAGUACACUGUCCAAGUGAUGGCGAGGAAUGGAAACUGCACUAGUCUGCCAAGCAAUGGCCCUAUCAUUCAUAUGGGUCCCUGUAUGCUCCAAGCAGUGGUGACCAAUUCGGAAUGUAACUCCAGUAUUGGCUCAGUUAGUUGGACUGCCAGCAGCAUGAAUGAGACAUACAUCGCUGUGGCAACAGGAGUUGAUGGCCACACACACGAGUGUUUCACAAAUACCAGCUCCUGCACCUGGGACGACCUACACUGUGGUGAGAAGUACACUGUCCAUGUGAUGGCGAGGAAUGGAAACCUCACCGGUCUGCCAAGCAACGGCUCGCCCAUUCAUACAGGUCCCUGUAUGCCCCAGGCAGUGGUGACCAAUUCGGAAUGUAACUCCAGUAUUGCCUCAGUUAGUUGGACUGCCAACAAUCUAAAUCAGACAUACAUUGCUGUGGCAACAGGACUUGAUGGCCACAACCACGAGUGUGUCACAAAUACCAGCUCCUGCACCUGGGACGACCUACACUGUGGUGAGAAGUACACUGUCCAUGUGAUGGCGAGGAAUGGAAACUGCACCGGUCUGCCAAGCAAUGGCUCGCCCAUUCAUACAGGUCCCUGUAUGCCCAUCGCAGUGGUGACCAAUUCGGAUUGUAACUCCAGUAUUGGUUUGGUUAGUUGGACCGCCAGCAAUAUAAAUCAGACAUACAUUGCUGUGGCAACAGGACUUGAUGGCCACAACCACGAGUGUGUCACAAAUACCAGCUCCUGCACCUGGGACGACCUACACUGUGGUGAGAAGUACACUGUCCAUGUGAUGGCGAGGAAUGGAAACCUCACCGGUCUGCCAAGCAAUGGCUCGCCCAUUCAUACAGGUCCCUGUAUGCCCCAGGCAGUGGUGACCAAUUCAGAAUGUAACUCCAGUAUUGCCUCAGUUAGUUGGACUGCCAACAAUCUAAAUCAGACAUACAUUGCUGUGGCAACAGGACUUGAUGGCCACAACCACGAGUGUGUCACAAAUACCAGCUCCUGCACCUGGGACGACCUACACUGUGGUGAGAAGUACACUGUCCAUGUGAUGGCGAGGAAUGGAAACUGCACCGGUCUGCCAAGCAAUGGCUCGCCCAUUCAUACAGGUCCCUGUAUGCCCAUGGCAGUGGUGACCAAUUCGGAUUGUAACUCCAGUAUUGGUUUGGUUAGUUGGACCGCCAGCAAUAUAAAUCAGACAUACCUUGCUGUGGCAACAGGACUUGAUGGCCACAACCACGAGUGUGUCACAAAUACCAGCUCCUGCACCUGGGACGACCUACACUGUGGUGAGGAGUACACUGUCCAAGUGAUGGCGAGAAAUGGAAACUGCACUAGUCUGCCAAGCAAUGGCCCUAUCAUUCAUAUGGGUCCCUGUAUGCUCCAAGCAGUGGUGAACAAUUCGGAAUGUAACUCCAGUAUUGGCUCAGUUAGUUGGACUGCCAGCAGCAUGAAUGAGACAUACAUCGCUGUGGCAACAGGACUUGAUGGCCACACACACGAGUGUUUCACAAAUACCAGCUCCUGCACCUGGGACGACCUACACUGUGGUGAGAAGUACACUGUCCAUGUGAUGGCGAGGAAUGGAAACUGCACCGGUCUGCCAAGCAAUGGCUCGCCCAUUCAUACAGGUCCCUGUAUGCCCAUGGCAGUGGUGACCAAUUCGGAAUGUAACUCCAGUAUUGGUUUGGUUAGUUGGACCGCCAGCAAUAUAAAUCAGACAUACCUUGCUGUGGCAACAGGACUUGAUGGCCACAACCACGAGUGUGUCACAAAUACCAGCUCCUGCACCUGGGACGACCUACACUGUGGUGAGGAGUACACUGUCCAAGUGAUGGCGAGGAAUGGAAACUGCACUAGUCUGCCAAGCAAUGGCCCUAUCAUUCAUAUGGGUCCUUGUAUGCUCCAAGCAGUGGUGACCAAUUCGGAAUGUAACUCCAGUAUUGGCUCAGUUAGUUGGACUGCCAGCAGCAUGAAUGAGACAUACAUCGCUGUGGCAACAGGACUUGAUGGCCACACACACGAGUGUUUCACAAAUACCAGCUCCUGCACCUGGGACGACCUACACUGUGGUGAGAAGUACACUGUCCAUGUGAUGGCGAGGAAUGGAAACUGCACCGGUCUGCCAAGCAAUGGCUCGCCCAUUCAUACAGGUCCCUGUAUGCCCAUGGCAGUGGUGACCAAUUCGGAAUGUAACUCCAGUAUUGGUUUGGUUAGUUGGACCGCCAGCAAUAUAAAUCAGACAUACCUUGCUGUGGCAACAGGACUUGAUGGCCACAACCACGAGUGUGUCACAAAUACCAGCUCCUGCACCUGGGACGACCUACACUGUGGUGAGGAGUACACUGUCCAAGUGAUGGCGAGGAAUGGAAACUGCACUAGUCUGCCAAGCAAUGGCCCUAUCAUUCAUAUGGGUCCUUGUAUGCUCCAAGCAGUGGUGACCAAUUCGGAAUGUAACUCCAGUAUUGGCUCAGUUAGUUGGACUGCCAGCAGCAUGAAUGAGACAUACAUCGCUGUGGCAACAGGACUUGAUGGCCACACACACGAGUGUUUCACAAAUACCAGCUCCUGCACCUGGGACGACCUACACUGUGGUGAGAAGUACACUGUCCAUGUGAUGGCGAGGAAUGGAAACUGCACCGGUCUGCCAAGCAAUGGCUCGCCCAUUCAUACAGGUCCCUGUAUGCCCAUGGCAGUGGUGACCAAUUCGGAAUGUAACUCCAGUAUUGGUUUGGUUAGUUGGACCGCCAGCAAUAUAAAUCAGACAUACCUUGCUGUGGCAACAGGACUUGAUGGCCACAACCACGAGUGUGUCACAAAUACCAGCUCCUGCACCUGGGACGACCUACACUGUGGUGAGGAGUACACUGUCCAAGUGAUGGCGAGGAAUGGAAACUGCACUAGUCUGCCAAGCAAUGGCCCUAUCAUUCAUAUGGGUCCUUGUAUGCUCCAAGCAGUGGUGACCAAUUCGGAAUGUAACUCCAGUAUUGGCUCAGUUAGUUGGACUGCCAGCAGCAUGAAUGAGACAUACAUCGCUGUGGCAACAGGACUUGAUGGCCACACACACGAGUGUUUCACAAAUACCAGCUCCUGCACCUGGGACGACCUACACUGUGGUGAGAAGUACACUGUCCAUGUGAUGGCGAGGAAUGGAAACCUCACCGGUCUGCCAAGCAACGGCUCGCCUAUUCAUACAGGUCCCUGUAUGCCCCAGGCAGUGGUGACCAAUUCAGAAUGUAACUCCAGUAUUGCCUCAGUUAGUUGGACUGCCAACAAUCUAAAUCAGACAUACAUUGCUGUGGCAACAGGACUUGAUGGCCACAACCACGAGUGUGUCACAAAUACCAGCUCCUGCACCUGGGACGACCUACACUGUGGUGAGAAGUACACUGUCCAUGUGAUGGCGAGGAAUGGAAACUGCACCAGUCUGCCAAGCAAUGGCUCGCCCAUUCAUACAGGUCCCUGUAUGCCCAUGGCAGUGGUGACCAAUUCGGAUUGUAACUCCAGUAUUGGUUUGGUUAGUUGGACCGCCAGCAAUAUAAAUCAGACAUACCUUGCUGUGGCAACAGGACUUGAUGGCCACAACCACGAGUGUGUCACAAAUACCAGCUCCUGCACCUGGGACGACCUACACUGUGGUGAGGAGUACACUGUCCAAGUGAUGGCGAGAAAUGGAAACUGCACUAGUCUGCCAAGCAAUGGCCCUAUCAUUCAUAUGGGUCCCUGUAUGCUCCAAGCAGUGGUGACCAAUUCGGAAUGUAACUCCAGUAUUGGCUCAGUUAGUUGGACUGCCUGCAGCAUGAAUGAGACAUACAUCGCUGUGGCAACAGGACUUGAUGGCCACACACACGAGUGUUUCACAAAUACCAGCUCCUGCACCUGGGACGACCUACACUGUGGUGAGAAGUACACUGUCCAUGUGAUGGCGAGGAAUGGAAACUGCACCGGUCUGCCAAGCAAUGGCUCGCCCAUUCAUACAGGUCCCUGUAUGCCCAUGGCAGUGGUGACCAAUUCGGAUUGUAACUCCAGUAUUGGUUUGGUUAGUUGGACCGCCAGCAAUAUAAAUCAGACAUACCUUGCUGUGGCAACAGGACUUGAUGGCCACAACCACGAGUGUGUCACAAAUACCAGCUCCUGCACCUGGGACGACCUACACUGUGGUGAGGAGUACACUGUCCAAGUGAUGGCGAGGAAUGGAAACUGCACUAGUCUGCCAAGCAAUGGCCCUAUCAUUCAUAUGGGUCCCUGUAUGCUCCAAGCAGUGGUGACCAAUUCGGAAUGUAACUCCAGUAUUGGCUCAGUUAGUUGGACUGCCAGCAGCAUGAAUGAGACAUACAUCGCUGUGGCAACAGGACUUGAUGGCCACACACACGAGUGUUUCACAAAUACCAGCUCCUGCACCUGGGACGACCUACACUGUGGUGAGAAGUACACUGUCCAUGUGAUGGCGAGGAAUGGAAACCUCACCGGUCUGCCAAGCAAAGGCUCGCCCAUUCAUACAGGUCCCUGUAUGCCCCAGGCAGUGGUGACCAAUUCGGUUUGUAACUCUAGUAUUGCCUCAGUUAGUUGGACUGCCAACAAUCUAAAUCAGACAUACAUUGCUGUGGCAACAGCACUUGAUGGCCACAACCACGAGUGUGUCACAAAUACCAGCUCCUGUACCUGGGACGACCUACACUGUGGUGAGAAGUACACUGUCCAUGUGAUGGCGAGGAAUGGAAACUGCACCGGUCUGCCAAGCAAUGGCUCGCCCAUUCAUACAGGUCCCUGUAUGCCCAUGGCAGUGGUGACCAAUUCGGAUUGUAACUCCAGUAUUGGUUUGGUUAGUUGGACCGCCAGCAAUAUAAAUCAGACAUACCUUGCUGUGGCAACAGGACUUGAUGGCCACAACCACGAGUGUGUCACAAAUACCAGCUCCUGCACCUGGGACGACCUACACUGUGGUGAGGAGUACACUGUCCAAGUGAUGGCGAGGAAUGGAAACUGCACUAGUCUGCCAAGCAAUGGCCCUAUCAUUCAUAUGGGUCCCUGUAUGCUCCUAGCAGUGGUGACCAAUUCGGAAUGUAACUCCAGUAUUGGCUCAGUUAGUUGGACUGCCAGCAGAAUGAAUGAGACAUACAUCGCUGUGGCAACAGGACUUGAAGGCCACACACACGAGUGUUUCACUAAUACCAGCUCCUGCACCUGGGACGACCUACACUGUGGUGAGAAGUACACUGUCCAUGUGAUGGCGAGGAAUGGAAACCUCACCGGUCUGCCAAGCAACGGCUCGCCCAUUCAUACAGGUCCCUGUAUGCCCCAGGCAGUGGUGACCAAUUCGGAAUGUAACUCCAGUAUUGCAUCAGUUAGUUGGACUGCCAACAAUCUAAAUCAGACAUACAUUGCUGUGGCAACAGGACUUGAUGGCCACAACCACGAGUGUGUCACAAAUACCAGCUCCUGCACCUGGGACGACCUACACUGUGGUGAGGAGUACACUGUCCAUGUGAUGGCGAGGAAUGGAAACUGCACCGGUCUGCCAAGCAAUGGCUCGCCCAUUCAUACAGGUCCCUGUAUGCCCAUGUCAGUGGUGACCAAUUCGGAUUGUAACUCCAGUAUUGGUUUGGUUAGUUGGACCGCCAGCAAUAUAAAUCAGACAUACCUUGCUGUGGCAACAGGACUUGAUGGCCACAACCACGAGUGUGUCACAAAUACCAGCUCCUGCACCUGGGACAACCUACACUGUGGUGAGGAGUACACUGUCCAAGUGAUGGCGAGGAAUGGAAACUGCACUAGUCUGCCAAGCAGCAGUUCUGUCAUUCAUAUGGCUCCAUGCCCACCACAGAGUAUCAGUGGCACCCUGGAUUGUGUUACAAAUUCAGCCUGGAUAUCCUGGAACUCAAGCCAAGGUGCAGCGAGCUACACAGUGAUGUCCCUUGUUGAUGGGGACCACAGAUUCAACUGUACCACCUCAACUAACUCCACUUGUGAGGUGCAGGACCUGGAGUGUGGUGCCAUGUAUAAUUUCAGUGUCAUCGCUUCAAACAGUUUUUGCGACAGUAUGCCCAGCACUCCCAUCGAACUGGAGACAGCCCCCUGUUCCCUCUCGGCCAUCACCGCAUUCGUUCAGUGCCAUAAUUCUUCCAUCCUUGUGGUCUGGGAGACCAUGGCGGGAGGCGAGGGAAACACUCAGUACAACGCCACGGCAGAGGCAAGCGACAGAACCUACUUGUACUGCAACUCCACCGACACUCACUGCACUCUGUGGGGAGCGCGCUGUGAUCUACGCUAUACCAUCAUAGUGGCCGCAUCCUCCGACCAUUGCAGUGGUCUUCGGAGUCCGCCCUUCAGGAUAAGCAUGGAGCCCUGCCCACCAAGAGAGCUGGUGGUGAACACGUCCUGCGGGGACAGCGGUGCACUGGUGUCCUGGAGGCCCUCCCCAGUGGCCGAGGACUACCUUGUUACUGCCAGGGCUUCCGAUGGCCACAUGCCCACGUGCAACACCAGCUUUAGCAACUGCAGCCUGUCCGACCUCCACUGUGGCCAGCAGUAUAUGCUGUCUGUGACUGCUAGCCAUCAGAACUGCUCAAGCAGGGCCAGUCAAAAUGUCACCUUUAACACAGUGAUAUGCCAACCAGACGUUCUCUCAGUCAGCAUCCACUGUGUCAAUCAGUCGGCAGUGCUCUCCUGGACCCCCGUUGGUGAUGUGGUGGGAUACUCAGCCUCUGCUGAGAACGAGGCAGGCCACAUGCUGUUCUGUAACAGCAGCUCAGAGCCCACCUGCACCAUGGGCGGCCUCCAGUGUGGAUCCCAGUAUAACUUCUCCGUCCAGGCCUCUGACGGGACUUGCAACCGCUCCAUCAGUGAGCCAGUGCUGGCCGGAGGAGUCCCAUGUCCUCCAGAAGAUCUUCAGGUGCAGCUGUUGCCCAUGGAAAGUGCAGUCCAGACACUGCAUUUUGAGUGGUCCCAGGUUGCAUGUCCAGAUGUCCAGUACCAGCUGAUCUUGACUGGCAGCAUAUUAGGGGACAGCCAAGCACAGUUUGAGCUCUCUUCAUAUUGGACAAACUCAACCUUUUUUGAAAUGCCCCUCCCCUGCGGCUCAUCCUACCUGGCUAUGGUGCAGGGCAGAGGACCCGCUGGCACCAGUGCGCCAUCUGAGGCUUUAAAUGGAACUACAGCUCCAUGUUCGCCUGCAAACGUGACUUUCAGAGGCAGUACUGCCUCAGCCGUCCUCUCAUGGUACGACUCUGUGUUCGCCACCUACUACACGGUGUACGACAACCGGACGGCGCCCCCGAGCCAAUUGUGCAACCUCACUGAGCUCACCUGCAGCCUGACUGAAGUCCCUCAUGGCAGCGUUCUCAUCACUGCCAGCAACGCAGCGGGCGAGAGUGAUUCGGCCCCUGUCGAAAGAGUGAUAGGAGGAGGACGUAGCAGGAGGGACCUCAGGGACAACAACAAGGCAGCCCUCUCCGUCCCCAUAGUGUCGGUCAUCGUGGAAGGGUCGACGGUCCUGGUGGUCAAAUGGCCUCCAGUCAGGGGAGUGGACUUCUACAGCCUUGUCAUCAGCCAGCAGAACAACACUCAGACCCUGCGUGUGGAUGGGGAGAAAACCAUGCUGACUGACCUCAGCCCCGACUCCACCUACUGCCUGUCAGUGCGGGCAGAGAGCUCCAGCACUGUAGGGUCUUACUCGAAGCCCCAGUGUGUUCAAACAGCAUAGAACCACCGGCUGGGCAGAGGGCCUCUGUUGUGGGAGAAAUUCCUCUCACUGAAGAUGUUGUUGGCUUUGCUGCUAAAUGUAUAGCAGAACAGUAAUCACUGUGAUUGUAUAGCUGUAGUUUAUAAAUCAGUGAUUCCCAGUCAGGAGAAUAUAAUCUAGGUGUACUUUUAACCUGCCAUAUAAUCGAUCAGAUAAUUUCACAAACACUUUAUCCAGAGAAGCACAUUGACUACGGAGCGAGUAGCGGAUAGUCAUCUUGGCCAAGGAUGCCUACAGGUAGACUGCAGACAUUUGGGUUCAACCCAAACCUUUCGACUUGGGGUCUAUCAUUUUAACCACUACAAACCCGGCCCCUUUUAUGGGUAUGUGUGUGGAUAGUCUACACAGAAAUUAAACAAUAUAUAACCAUGGCAUAUUCCUAAAUGAUGUCUCACAUGCUGCAUUAUCCACUCAAAACUACUCCAUCCAGUACUCGAUGAUUUUAUAGGCCUACUACAGAAUCACUAAUGUAGCCAACAGGAAGUGAUGAACCUUUUCCUCCACGGGGUCUGAGCUCCUCAGCCACAGUAAUUGUUUUUGAAUCAUUUCUAUUAAGGACUCUUGGGCAAGAGGAAAAUAAAUAUUCUAACUUUAUUUUGCUAAGUUAACCAUGUACAUUUUGUAAUAGAAUUGUAUCGGUGUUUCACAUUUUUAACAAUAUUUAAGAUAUCGACAUUUUCUCAGAAGUAUAUUAAAAAAGCAAAACAAAAA